UUCGCCACCACUGGGAAAGAUGGCCAUGAGGCUUUUCUUAAGUUUUUUGUUCCGGUUAACCCUCGUGCUCUUCCUCCUUGACUCAGCCUAUGCCCAAGCCUUGAGGGUUGGUUUCUACAAAAACUCAUGCCCAGAUGCUGAGGCUAUAGUUCGUAAGACCGUGGCCAGCUACUUUUCUCAGGACCCAACUGUCUCCGGCCCACUAUUAAGGCUACAUUUCCAUGAUUGCUUUGUUAGGGGCUGCGAUGGCUCGGUACUACUGAACUCCACUAAGACUACUUCGGCAGAGAAGGAUGCAAUGCCGAACCACAGCCUCGAUGGAUUUUAUGUCAUUGAUGCAGCAAAGGAAGCAUUAGAGAAAGCAUGUCCAGGGAUUGUCUCGUGUGCUGAUAUCAUAGCUCUCGCAGCUAGGGAUGCUGUCUCCUUGGCUACCGGUUCAGUCGGAAAAGAGACUCGGACGGCGGGCAACUACGUUUGGGAGGUCCCCACAGGGAGGCGGGAUGGGAUUGUGUCAAUGGCCUCUGAGGCUUUGGCUAAUUUACCAUCCCCUUAUGCAGAGAUCACUCAGCUGAAAGCAUCCUUUGCUGCCAAAGGUCUAAGUGCAAAGGACUUGGCAAUUUUAUCAGGAGCUCACACAAUAGGAAACUCCCAUUGUUAUUCCUUUGAGAGUCGACUCUACAACUUCACUGGAAGAGGUGACACCGACCCAACUUUAGAUCCAAAGUAUGCAAUCAAGCUUAGGAGCCAAUGUAAGCCCGGGGAUGAGACUACCACGGUGGAAAUGGUUCCAGGGAGCUCCACAACGUUUGAUACCAAGUACUACAAGCUGGUCAUGAAGAGAAGGGGGUUGUUCCACUCUGAUGAGGCUCUCCUUCAGGACAAGGAGACAAUAGACUAUGUCUACUCUCGACUCGAUUCGCCCAAGUCUAGUUUCUUCUUCGACUUUGGUGUGUCAAUGGUGAAGAUGGGACGGAUUGGGGUGCUCACAGGCAAGGCAGGGGAAAUUAGAAAGCAGUGCGCCUUGGUUAAUAGCUAGUCUUCUGAAUCCAUUGUGGCUGUAGAAGGUAAUUAGUAUCUACAUAUUGUGUGGUUACUCGGACAAAACUGCUUACUUUGAGAUUGUAUCGUUCAAAUAUUACUUAGUAAUUGUAGCGUGGAAUAAAAUAUAUCUUAUCUUU